AUGGCAGAAGAAAAACUUGAGGAUUAUGUCUACCUAAAUAAAAUGUGUUUGUCGCUUGUUGGACUUUGGCCACUGUCUGAUGGAGUACCAAAAUGGCGACUUUAUCUUCAAAAUGUUCAUAUCUUCAUCGCUUAUGCUUUAUUGUGGUUAAUCCUACUGAUUCCUGAUGCACUGGAUUUGUAUAUGGUUUGGGGCAAUAUUGAUGCUAUGGCCGAAAAUUUGUGUGUCAAUAUCCACCUUAUCACUGCAGCCACAAAAUUCUAUCAAAUGAUUGUAAAGAAGAAGACUUUUAAGGCCUUCGUUGGAAUUUGUGUCGGAAUAACUAUUAACAUAGGUUUGGACACUUUUUGCUGCGUUGCAGUUACUCAUACAUGUGCACAACUUAAUAUUUUUCAAAAGGAACUUCUGGAAUUAGGCAAAAACUCAAAAGUUUCACAAGGAACAAUAAAACAAAUUAUUCAGAAACACAAUCAUCAAAUCAAGCAUCGUGAUGACUGUAUUCCUAUUUCUUCCUCGACGACGGGAGUCUGGUUAUAUGCCCUGAUGAGAUCGAUAGUGCAAAAAAUGGUUUUACCAUGGAGAGCAGAAGUGAAACCUGCACGUGCGGAACUGGGUUUUCUGAUACCUAGAUAUUCUUGUGAAAGUUCAGACCACACGGAUGAUCCACUAAUCGCAUGGAUGCCUAACCAGCUUGACUUAGACGCAGCGACUCCUUCGGUGGUGGCGAGUCAUGCUAGUGUCCAGAAGAUUUUUAUUCCUGAUAUCCACUGGAAGUUCUUAGUGGUGCAGAAAGCCUACUCCCAGAAUAUAAGUUUUGAAACAUCGACAAUUAGAAAACCCCAGAAGAAAACCCUCCACAGGAUUACUCAACUAUUAAAUGAAAUAUUUAAUAACAUAUCAUUGUGCCAACUAAUCAUGAGUUGCCUCGCAAUCUGUACCGCCGGAUUUCAACUAAUUAUAACGCUGAAUAAAAAUACAACAGAUGUACAAGGUAUUAUAUUUAAUACAUCAUUUUUGAUAAUUGCUUUAUUUCAAAUUCUGCUUUACUGUUGGCCGAGCAAUGAAUUAAUGAUCCAGAGUUUAGAGGUUGGAAAUGCUGCGUAUCAAUCUUUAUGGACAAAUUUACCCCAUUCUUCUGGCAAAGAAAUUAAAUUACUGAUUUUGAGAUCUCAAAGGCCUAUGCAUAUCACAGCUGGAAAAAUGUAUAUUUUGUCCCUUGAAAGAUUCAUAGCAAUUCUGAAAACAUCUAUGCAAUGCUUAUCAUAUUUGAGAGCGUCCUAUAAACACAAUGACUUCCAUAGAUGAUAAAAAUGAUUGAACUUUUUUAUUCAUUACAUACUGAAAGCAUUCAUCAAAUUUCUGACAAAUUGAAGGCGCACUUAGAAUAAAAAUACCUAAAAAAUUACUAAACUGUCAAUAAGAUUAAAAGUUUUUAAUGGAGUUUUCAAGAAAAAAUCCACAUUCUUGAAGUGUUUAAAAUCAUUCUCUAGAAAUUGACGUCUCACGAAAAUCUCGAAAGCAUUGUUAUCGGUUUUCCACAAUAACGAUUGGGUAAUGUGAAAAAUUUUGAGGAAAGAGCUGUUGCCAAAUUGACACACAUAAUUGAGAUUCAGUUGAAGGAUUAACCCUACAGCAUUACCCUUUCUUACCACAGCAACUCCUGGUUCUCUCACGUACUAGUGUGUCUAUUUUUCGAACAAACGAGUACUUUUUAAAGUUUUUCAUUUUAUAUUAAAGCUUAUUCUUUUACGA